AUGUCAACAACUUCUUCAACAGCAGCAGCAACAGCAACAUUUAAUCGUUCAGCAUUAGAAGAAGUUUUAAAGAAAAGAUUUUUUUACGCGCCUUCUUUUCAAAUAUAUGGUGGUGUUGGAGGGCUUUAUGACUAUGGACCGGCAGGUUGUGCUUUACAAACUAAUAUACUUGAUAUAUGGCGAAAACAUUUUGUUCUAGAGGAAGAUAUGUUGGAAAUGGAUGGUAGUAUUAUGACUUUGGCAGAUGUAUUGAAAACUUCUGGACAUGUUGAUAAGUUUACAGAUUGGAUGACUAAAGAUGUCAAGACUGGUGAUAUUUUUCGUGCAGAUCAUUUGAUUGAAAAUGUUUUGGAGAAAAGAUUGAUAGAUGAUAAACAGUUGAAAGCUGUUGAUAGUGUUGUAGUUGGUGAUGAUCGUGAAUCUGUUAAAAAUGAAUAUGAAGGAAUAUUGGCAAAAAUAGAUAAUUAUACUGGACCAGAACUUGGAGAAAUUAUACGUAAACACAAUAUUAAAAGCCCAGAAACAAAUAAUGAUUUAUCUGAACCUGUAGAGUUUAAUUUAAUGUUCGAAACCAGUAUUGGGCCUACUGAAACUGCUCAAGGGCAAUUCUUAAAUUUUAAGAAAUUUCUAGAAUUCAAUAAUUCCAAAAUGCCUUUUGCAUCAACAUCAAUUGGGCGGUCUUUUAGAAAUGAGAUUAGCCCUAGAUCCGGUCUUCUUAGAGUCAGAGAAUUUACUAUGGCAGAAAUAGAACAUUACGUUGAUCCUGACAAAAAAGAUCACGCACGUUUUGAUGAAGUAAAAGACAUUAAGCUUCGACUAUUGCCUCAGUCAAUACAGGAAGAGGGCAAAUUAGAACCUGUUGAGAUGAGUAUUGGUGAAGCAGUUAAUAAAAAAAUAGUUGAUAAUCAGACACUAGGUUAUUUUCUUGCAAGGAUACAUUUAUUUUUACUCAAACUUGGAAUAAAAUAUGAAAAACUUCGUUUUCGUCAACAUAUGCCAAAUGAGAUGGCACAUUAUGCCUGUGAUUGUUGGGAUGCAGAAAUUCAAAGUAGCUAUGGAUGGAUUGAAUGUGUUGGAUGUGCAGAUCGUUCAGCAUAUGAUUUAACAGUUCAUUCGAAUCGUACAAAAGAAAAACUUGUGGUGCGGGAAAGUUUACAAACACCAAUAGUUUAUGAGAAGACAAUUUUGGAAAUAAACAAAAAAGUGUUUGGGCCCAAAUUUCGACAAAAAUCCAAAAUUGUUGAAGAAUAUUUGUUUAGUAUAAAAAGUGUAGCAAAAUUUAAGAAAACAAUAUCAGGUGAUGAGUACAGUUUAAAAAAAGAACGAUAUGAAUUUGAAGUGUUUCAACUUUUUAUUAGUAAUAGUAAUAAUCAAAUAACAUUAUCAAAUCAUAAAUUAACGUUAAAAACAAUGAAAGAAUUUGAAAUCUUAUUACCAAAUCCUAAAGGAGCAGAUGGUGGUUUGACAUUAUCAAAAAGAAAACCAGAUCGUUACUUUAAUGUGCAGCUUAAUUACAAUCUGUCCAAUACUAAAAAUAAAAUUAAUAAUGGUGUCGAUAAAGAGGGUAAAAGUGAUAAUAUGUUGUCAAAAAUACCCGAACAUCCACCAGAAAUAUAUAUUGAAAGAAAAAUCGUAACACCAUAUCAAGAAAUCAGGCAAGAAUAUAUGAAAUGUUAUGAAGCUGAACAUAAUAAAUAUUUAGAGAAGUUAGAAAAGAAAUGGAAGAUUAGUAGAUGGAAUAAAAGAUUUAAAAAACAUGUUAAAGAAGAGAAAAAAGAAAUGAAGAAAUGGCGCAAAGAAUUUCAAAAUGCUGUAAUGAACUCACAAAAAGAAUUUUAUGAGAAACUUGGAGAACUUAAAUUGGAGGGGAAGGAAGUUAAAAAGGAAGAGGAGGAUGAUACUAAUACUUGGCUAGAAAAUUUAAAACAAAAGAAACGGGUUAGAAAGGAAAAGGAAGAGCAAACAAAAGCAUUAGAAACUUGGAGACUUGAAUAUUCUGGUCUACCUAGAUAUAAACCACCAGAAACAUGGUGGGCAAAAAAUAGAGAUAAGAUCAUGAAGGAAGCCAUGAAGAAAAUUCCACCAAAGAAGCAAAAAUAA